AGCUGGGGACGGCGGGGGCGGUGCCCUGGCGGGUAACUGUGGGUGCGGCGGGGAUGCGCCUCCGGUUCCUGGAGGAGGGGGAUAGGGCGGUGGUCCGCGGUCAGACUGCGCCCGUCCUAGAUUCCCGUUUUGGACUUGGUGACCGAAUUGGAAGGCGAAGCGUGGAUUCCUGUCACAGCCACGAAGCCCCGCACUCUCUUCGGGGAAGAUGCCACUGACUUUUCGGGAAGAUGUGUCGGAGCAGCCAGGGGGUGGAAUAUUUGCAGGGGUGAAGUGGAUUGUGAUAUCGCGAGUCUUUUGACAUGUUGAAGUCCCUGUAGGGGCUCUUAUCAAUAUGCAUUUCAAGUAUGGACCGUGUGCCCCCUGACUUCUAACACAGGGUCGUGAAUCAGGGCUCAGUGAGAGCACAGAAAAAGCAGAGCCCCUCCGCGUCACCCGGGAGUACAAGUAGCCCGGCUUUUGGAGAGCACUGUCUUCUGGAGCUGGCAGUUCCAAAAGACUGCAUCUAGCAUGGCAUUUAAGAAGCGUAGUAGUAAGAUGAGUACCCAUGAACGCACCACCCCACUAAGGAGGAGAACAUUUCCAGUACUGCUUCUCAACCCAGCUCCCAGCUUCCCACCCCUCUAGAGCUCCAGCCCUUCUCUGAGAGGGGGAGCAGGUGAUGGCCGCCAUGCUCCUGACAGCCUGGCCCCAGGUGAGCUGUGGCUCCUUCAGCUCUUCCUCUGAACAGUUUCACAUUGAAGAAAACUGAGAAGGGAAGCUGGGACUUCACGGACCCCUGAAGCGCAUCCAUGGACCUCCAUGGACUACAGGGCCUGAGCCAUGGAAUUGGCCCUAGGGCAGCAGGAACCUGUUGUUUCAGAAGUCGGUGACCUUCGAGGAUGUGGCUGUGUACUUCACCCAGACGGAAUGGGAUGGCCUGUCCCCUGCACAGAGGGCCCUGUACAGGGAUGUGAUGCUGGAGAAUUAUGGGAAUGUGGCCUCCUUGGGAUUUUCUCUUCUCAAACCUGCUGUGAUCUCACAACUAGAGGGAGCAGGUGAGCUGGGGGGCCCAUCUCCACUGGUGGAUGGAACAGAAACAGGCCCCCAAUGCCUCUGGACUGUAGAUAUUGAUGUCCAGACUGACAAUAAUUUGAUAAAGGAAAUGUAUGAAGAAAAACAUAAUACAUCAUUUGAACUUCAGAGGGACUUUUCCCGGGACACAGACUUUUCAGAAGCCUGUAUUCUAGAGAAACAGCAGGAAGUCCAUUUAGUAGGAAGCAUAAAGAAAGAAAACUGCAGUGUCAUUGACAGAAUAGUGAAAGACGACAGCAGCCCUGGGGAGGAGUAUUUCUUUAGUCAGAGUCCAAACUUGGGUCAGUGUCACACUGUCAGCACUGGAGAGCAGCACCCUGAACUUAUAGGAUUGGAGAGAGCCUUCAGCUUUGACACAAAACUUAUUCAGCAUGAAAUAAUUAAUUCGGGGGAAAGACCUUUUAAAUGUCAAGAAUUAGUGGAAACCUUCAGGUGUAACCCUCAGCAUCAAGAUGGCUACACUGGGGAAAAGCCCUAUCAGUGUAAGGAGUGUGGCAAAGCCUUUAGCAUUAAUGCAAAAUUAGUUUGGCAUCAGAGACUUCACAGUGGGGAGAAACCCUUCAAAUGUGUGGAGUGCGGGAAAAGCUUCAGUUCCAGUUCCCAUUAUAUCACCCAUCAGAGCAUCCACAGCGGGGAGAAGCCCUAUCAGUGUAAGGUGUGUGGCAAAGCCUUCAGCGUCAAUGGGAGUCUAAGUCGGCAUCAGAGAAUCCAUACGGGAGAGAAGCCCUAUCAGUGCAAGGAGUGUGGAAGUGGCUUCAGCUGCAGUUCUGCAUACAUCACACACCAGAGAGUCCACACUGGAGAGAAGCCUUACGAAUGCAGUGACUGUGGGAAAGCUUUCAAUGUUAAUGCAAAACUGAUUCAACAUCAGAGAAUCCACACUGGAGAGAAACCUUAUGAGUGUAAUGAGUGUGGGAAAGGUUUCAGGUGCAGUUCCCAGCUGCGGCAGCAUCAGAGCAUUCACACCGGGGAGAAGCCCUAUCAGUGUAAGGAGUGCGGGAAAGCCUUCAGUAAUAACGCAAAACUCAUCCAGCAUCAAAGGAUCCACACAGGUGAGAAACCCUAUGAGUGUACCGAAUGUGGAAAAGCCUUUAGUGUCAAAGGGAAGUUAAUCCAGCACCAGAGAAUCCACACAGGGGAGAAACCCUAUGGGUGUAACGAAUGUGGGAAAGCCUUCAGGUGUAACUCCCAGCUGCGGCAGCAUCUGAGAAUCCACACCGGGGAGAAGCCCUAUGAAUGUAAUGAGUGUGGAAAGGCCUUCAACGUUAACGCAAAACUAAUGCAGCAUCAGAGGAUUCACACUGGGGAGAAACCCUUUGAAUGUAAUGAGUGUGGGAAAUGCUUUACUUCUAAAAGAAACCUACUUGAUCAUCACCGAAUCCAUACUGGUGAAAAGCCUUAUCAGUGUAAGGAAUGUGGGAAAGCCUUCAGUAUCAAUGCCAAACUAACCAGGCAUCAGAGAAUCCACACUGGGGAGAAACCUUUCAAAUGUAUGGAAUGUGAAAAAGCAUUUAGCUGUAGUUCUGACUAUAUUGUACAUCAGAGGAUACAUACUGGAGAGAAACCCUUUCAGUGUAAGGAGUGUGGAAAAGCCUUCCAUGUUAAUGCCCAUUUAAUUCGGCAUCAGAGAAGCCACACUGGGGAGAAACCCUUUAGAUGUAUGGAGUGUGGCAAAGGGUUCAGCUAUAGUUCUGACUGUAUUAUACAUCAGACUGUCCAUACUUGGAAGAAACCCUAUGUGUGUAAUGUGUGUGGGAAAGCCUUCAGGUUUAGCUUCCAACUUAGUCAGCAUCAAAGUGUCCAUAGUGAAGGAAAAUCGUAAUGAGAAGGAUGUAGAAAACUCUCAAAGUUAAUGAAAUGGAUCAGGUAUCAUCAGAUUCAACGUGGUAGAAAACCUUGAGGGAAAUGAAUAUGGUAUCUUCCCAUGGAAACACAUCUUUUUCAUCUUACUUUUAAAAUCAGGAAUGAUGACUGGUUAAAAAGUAACAACCAAAAAUAAAAAGCUUGUCUUAUACCAACAACCAAUUAGAAAAUAUGAUGAAAGAAAAGAUCCCAUUCCCAACAGCAUCAAGAAAAGUGGCUCUCCUAGGAAUAAACCUAAGUAUUACACAGGAUCUAUAUGGAGAAAGAAAUCUCCACUGAGGGCCACAAAAGGAAAAAUAAAUGGGGAGAGAGAGAAACCUUGUUCUUGGAUUGGAAGAUUCAUGUAGAUAUUCACUCUGCCUAAAUUUACUUCCCUAUUAUUUUUGACACCAAGCAUGCAUCACUUUUGUAAAAAGGAUAAACAAUAAAGAUAUCUGUAGA